AUGUCCUCGACGACAGGUCCCUCAAUUAUUACGGACGCGACGUCGAUAUCAGCCUUCAAUCGCGGGCCCAUCCCGACCCAAUUCUCGGCUCCGACAUCAUGUCUCUCCACUCUCACAUCGGUGAAUGGAGCUGGGGGUUUAUAUUUCGGUCACAAUGGCGAUGAAUACUUUGAUACUGCCUGUUUUCCCACGCCCACGCUUACCACCAGCUCUGUACAGUGGAACUUGUAUUAUUACAGUCCAGUAAUAUCAUGCCCUUCGGGAUGGUAUACGGCUGCAGUGGCAACGAGUAGCUUUGGUGGUCUGUCAGAUACAUACCUCAGUAUCGGAUCUGCGACAACAGCAGCACUUUGUUGUCCUUCUGGCUAUACUGCACUAAACUAUGACCAUCAAUGCGAUUCCCAAUUCCCCCUCGGAACAAAUACAAUCCUCUACAAAAAUCCCUCCUCGGCCAUAAACGGAGAUUGGGUCGUCCCCACCACGGUCGACACGGCCCUUUAUGUAGCCGCAACGGCCUCGGCCACGAGCUACUGGACUGUAUUCGGUGAUGGAAUUCCCAUCUGGUUCGAAGCAAGAGAUCUCUCCACAGCUACACAAACUUCUACUCCUACACCCACCACCUCGCCCAUAUCAUCAACUACAUCUGCGACGUCGACAGGAUCAUCCGGGUUGACAACAGGAGCUAAGGCAGGGAUUGGGAUUGGCGUUAGUCUUGGCGUGGUGACGAUAGCGGCAUUGAUAGGAUGGUUUCUGUUUAGGAGAAAGAGGAGGUACGAUGCUGUUAAUCGUGGCACACCGGUUAGGGAGUUGGAGAGUAUCGGCUCGGAGAAGAGGAAUAGUGAGUUACCGGCUCAGGAUGUGUCUAGGCCGGUAGUGCACGAGCUGUACUCUGAUGAGGGGGUGCCGGUACAGCAAAGAGUGCUACAUGAUAAUGGGCCGAGCGAGGUAGCGGGGAGUUAG